ACAUGGUAUUUUUCGGCCAUUUUUUUGCACCUCUGGUGUCGGUUUUUCACUUGGCCAUUUCAUCAAAAAUAUUUUGAUUCAUUUUGAUUGAAUUAUCUAUAAAAUAUCGGUGUUAUUAAAACAUUCAAUUCUUAUUAAUUUAAUUUGAAGGAUAUUCCCGAGUUUGCUGUGAAUUUUUUUCAAAUAUCUUUAGAUAUAGCCUUGUUCAUGGAGCAAAUUCCCUACGCCUGGCUGUUAUUAGGAGCCGGUGCUCUGUGGCUUUUCAGGUCGUAUAUGCAGGGUGGGAAAUACAGAAAAAAUACCACGGCAUUGGGGAAAGUGGUCGUCAUUACUGGAGCUAACACUGGCAUUGGGAAAGAGACUGCCCGUGAACUAGCUAAGAGAGGAGCUACCAUUUAUAUGGCUUGUCGCGAUAUGAAGAAAUGUGAAAAGGCGCGUCAAGAACUAAUCAAAGACACAUGCAACGAAAAUAUACAUGGUAUUAAGCUGGACUUAGCAUCUCUUACAUCAAUUAAGGAAUUCGCUGAUCACUUCAAAAAGAUCGAAACCCGUCUAGAUAUCCUUAUAAAUAAUGCUGGUAUUAUGGCCUGUCCGCGAAUGGUUACUGAGGAUGGAUUUGAAAUGCAGAUUGGUGUUAAUCAUUUAGGCCAUUUCUACUUAACAAAUUUGCUGCUUGAUCUAUUAAAGAAAUCUGCCCCGAGUCGAAUAGUAGUGCUGUCAAGCUUAGCACAUGCGAUGGGUUCUUUUAAAAAGAAUGAUUUUCUCAGCGAACAUUCGUAUAAACCUUCAAAAGUCUAUACACAUAGUAAAAUUGCAAAUAUUUUGUUUGCUCAUGAAUUGGCAAAACGUUUACAAGGUACAAAAGUGACUGUGAACUCCUUGCACCCUGGUGUGGUGGAAUCUGAAUUGAUGCGGUACAACUCGAUAAUUAAUAACCAAUUUUUAGGUCCUAUUGCAAAUGUUUUGAAAUGGCCCUUCUUCAAAACUACUGCAAACGGUGCUCAAACUACUAUUUUUGCCGCCCUGGAUCCAGAUUUGGAAUUAGUAAGCGGUGUUUAUUUCAGCGACUGCCAGCCGAAGAAAACAACUUCAGUAGCCCGCGAUGAUGAUUUGGCCAAGUGGCUAUGGGAUGAAAGUGAUCGACUAAUCAAUUUGAAGUUGGCACAAUUGGAUCUGAAGUAAAAUACACUCAUACAUAAAUAUUUAUUAAAUAAAUGACUGUCACAACCCAAAAAAAAA